GGAAAAUAAAACAGGAAGAUGCAUGAUGAACAACUGGACAGAAGAGAGGGCCGUUGCUGCUCUUGACACUCAGGAGGAGAAGACGCAAAUCCAGAGACACGGACACAGAGGGAUUCUCACGAUGGACCAAGACGCCAAAAUAGAAACCGUCACUACACAGAGAGCAACUUACAUCCCUCCGAAAAGUCCAGGGGUGAGGCUGCGGGGCAUCAGAGGCGAGCUUUUGGAAAAACACCUUGCCCAGAUGAUAAGAGAGAAGAUUGAGGCAGAAAUGAACCCACCGACUCCCAAAACUGACUUCUGCUCCACAACACAGCGGGAUUUCUGUGUCGAGGGGUUUGUGCCGUUAACCCCUGAAACAACACAAGUUCAUGAUUAUAAAAGUGACCAGGCCAUCACAUUUUGGAGUGAAAACUGCCAGCGAGUACAGGGUGUCACCGGCGUACGAAACCUGAAAGCUCCUUUUAAGAAGUCGGCCCUAUUCAGCACACCCAUCAGCGAGCGGCUGGAUGAAAUCGAGCUCCCGCCAGAUAACUGAGACAAUUUAUCGCAUAAAAUAUCUUCAUUACCAAUCCACAUGAAAGUGGUAACCCAUUGAAAAACAGAUAUUUUAUAACAGAUACUCAGCUGAGGUCAGGAUGAAAAAACAGAUAGAAGUUUGCUGACAUUUGGACUUUAAACCUGCCAAACAAACUAACUUUGAACUUAAUAAAACAGAUUUACUGAGACAUGUUUGCCUCCAUGUUUGGCCUCCUAAGUAAAUAAUUAUUUACUCCAUCUGUCAGCAGUCUGGUCAGUU